ACUCGCGCUCAGCGACCUCCCUCCCGGGCCCUGGGGACGGCUGCGGGCUGCCAGGGGAGCCAAAGGACCCCACCCCCUCCGUGGUCCCUUCCCCACCGUCCCUCCUCUCCCUCCUUGCUCUCUGCCACCCCUUUUUCUGGGUCUCUGUCUUCUCUUCCUCAAAUCCUCUCUCCCCUCCUCCUCCUCCCUGAGACUGGACCUUACUGCCUGUAUGGUGGGGGCCUGGUAUGGACCUGUCGGCCCGAAGUAUCCAGAUGGUGGCUGGUUCUCUCGGUCCCAGCUGCCCGGCCUGAGGCUGGGGCUGUUUACACCGCAAAGCCGGUUCUGCAGCGGCCAGUGGGCGGUGCCCUGCGCUUCCCAGUGCCCUCCCACAGUGGCCAUUGCUUCAGAGGACGACUUUCAGCAUAGUUCAAACUCCACCUACAGAACCAUAGGCAGCAGUCUCCAAGCUGACCAGGAGGCACUGCUUGAGAAGCUACUGGACCACCCGCCCCCUGGCCUACAGAGGCCCGAGGACCGCUUCUAUGGCACAUACAUCAUCUUCUUCAGCCUGGGCAUUGGCAGUCUACUGCCAUGGAACUUCCUUGUCACUGCCAAGGAGUACUGGAUGUUCAAACUCGGCAACUCCUCCAGCCCAGCCACAGGGGAGGACCCUGAGGGCUCAGACAUCCUGAACUACUUUGAGAGCUACCUUGCCGUUGCCUCCACCGUGCCCUCCAUGCUGUGCCUGGUGGCCAACUUCCUGCUUGUCAACAGGGUUGCGGUCCACAUCCGUGUCCUGGCCUCACUGACGGUCAUCCUGGCCAUCUUCAUGGUGAUAACCGCACUGGUGAAGGUGGACACCUCCUCCUGGACCCGUGGCUUUUUUGCUGUCACCAUUGUCUGCAUGGUGAUCCUCAGCGGUGCCUCCACUGUCUUCAGCAGCAGCAUCUAUGGCAUGACCGGCUCCUUCCCUAUGAGAAACUCCCAGGCACUGAUAUCAGGAGGAGCCAUGGGCGGGACAGUCAGCGCCGUGGCCUCCCUGGUGGACUUGGCUGCAUCCAGUGAUGUGAGGGACAGCGCCCUGGCCUUCUUCCUGACAGCCACCAUCUUCCUCGUGCUCUGCAUGGGACUCUACCUGCUGCUGUCCAGGCUAGAGUAUGCCAGGUACUACAUGAGGCCUGUUCUUGUGGCCCGUGUGUUUUCUGGUGAAGAGGAACUUCCUCAGGACUCCCCCAGUGUCCCUUUGGUGGCCUCCAGAUUCAAUGAUUCUCACACGCCCCCUCUCCGCCCCAUCCUGAAGAAGACGGCCAGCCUGGGCUUCUGUGUCACCUAUGUCUUCUUCAUCACCAGCCUCAUCUACCCUGCCGUCUGCGCCAACAUCGAGUCCCUUAACAAGGACUCAGGCUCACUGUGGACCACCAAGUUCUUCAUCCCCCUCACUACCUUCCUCCUGUACAACUUUGCUGACCUGUGUGGCCGGCAGCUCACCGCCUGGAUCCAGGUGCCAGGGCCCAACAGCAAGGCGCUGCCAGGGUUCGUGCUCCUCCGGACCUGCCUCAUCCCCCUCUUUGUGCUCUGUAACUACCAGCCCCGCGUCCACCUGAAGACCGUGGUCUUUCAGUCCGAUGUGUACCCUGCACUCCUCAGCUCCCUGCUGGGGCUCAGCAACGGCUACCUCAGCACCCUAGCCCUCCUCUAUGGGCCUAAGAUUGUGCCCAGAGAGCUGGCCGAGGCCACGGGGGUGGUGAUGUCCUUUUAUCUGUGCUUGGGCUUAACGCUGGGCUCAGCCUGCUCCACCCUCCUGGUGCACCUCAUCUAGGAGGGAGGACACAAGGACAUUGGUGCUUCAGAGCCUUGGAAGAUGAGGAGAGAGUGCAAGAAGGCUGGGGGCCAUGGAGGAGAGGCCUAGAGUUUCGCUUGGGACAGACAGCAGAGCACACUCCGGGCUCAUCCCUCCCAAGACGCCAGUGAGCCACGUCCAUGCCCAUUCCGUGCGAGGCAGAUAUUCCAGGCACGUUAACAGAACACUCUGAGACAGUUGAAGAAGAAAUAGUACAAAGCAGGGGUACUCCCUUCACAGCCGAUGGUUAACAUUCCACCUUCUUUCUAGCCCUUCAAAGGUGCUGCCAGUGUUCGCCCUAGAGUUGUUACAAAGCCAGUGCCAAAACCCAGCCAUGGGCUCUUUGCAUCCUCCCAGCUGUGCUCAUUCCAACUGACAGUGAGAUGCAAGCAAAUGCUCAGCCCUCCUUACCCUGAAGGGGUCUCCCUGGAAUGGAAUUCCCCCUGGCAUGGUCAGUCCUCAGGCCCAAGACUCAGACCCCUGUGUUCUGUGGGUGAACAACUGCCCACCAACCAGACUGGAAAACCCAGAAAGACGGGCCUUCCACGAAUGCUUCAUUCCAGAGGGACCAGAGGGCCUCCCUGUGCAAGGGAUCAAGUGUGUCUAGCCUGGGUUUUCAAAGAGGGAUCCUCAUGGCCUGGUGGUCUAUGGCCUGGGUCAAGAUGAGGGUCUUUUAGUGUUCCUAUUUACAACAUGUCAAAGCCAUUGGUUCAAGGGCAUAAUAAAUACUUGAGUAUUCUAUGUAA